UUUUGGUUUUUUAUAUUUUACCUUGCACGUUGUUUUUCUUAUUAAUGGUCAUUUUACAAAUUCCUCUUAUAUUUUAACAAAAAAAAUAUCUGCUCCAACCAUGUUAAAGAAACCAAAAAAUAAGCAAAAAACUGUUGCCGAAAAGGUAGCAGCUCUUCUAACGCAUCGCAAUGAAAGCGGCAGCGAAGACAGUGAUUCUGAGAAGGAGGCAACCGCACCAAAAGUUGUUGAAUUUGAUGAAAAUGAAUAUCAGAUGCCUGAGGCCAGAACCACCGAGUUUCGUAAACGUAAUGUUAAACUAUUGUCUGAACAGAGUUCCAAGUAUAAAGGAAAGAUAUCCUCAAGAAAGGAAUUGGAAGAGGAUGACGAACAGGAAGAAAGCGACGAUGAUGAUGAUGACGUCGACGGACUGGAAUAUGAAGAAAGCGAUGAAAGUGAGGGUGAUGGUGAUGGUGACAAUGAAAUAGCAGAAGACUCUUCAGAGUCUGAAAAUGAAAAGGCAUUGAAAAGUUUUGGCAGCGCCCUAAGAAAGCAGCAAGUAAAUAAUAAGCAAGUUGGAGAUUCUGAUGAAAGUGAAGAUCAUUUCGACGAAGAGGAUGCUGAAGAAGGUACCGAAAGUGAAGAUGGUGGCGAGGAUGAUGAUGAUGAUGUUGAAGAUGAUGACGACGAAGACGAUGAUGAAUACGACAAUGAGGAAGAUGAAGACGACGCCAAUGAAGAAAGUGAAGUCAUUAGCAAAGUAAAUCGUGAUGCUGAAAUACAAAAAGGUUUAUGUGUUCAAAAUCAAUUACAACUUUGGGAACGACUUCUUGAAAUGCGCAUCAAGUCUCAGAAAAUUCUCUCUCAGGCCAAUCAGCUACCAGCAGCAGAUGAAAUAAAACAACUUGUCUCGUCAAAUGAUGAGCACAAAACCACUACCCAAGAAGCUGUUAAACAAACACAAAAGUUAUUACAAAGCCUAUUGCAACUACAGGACACUCUGUAUUCUCAAUACUCGGAAUUGAAUAAAAGUAUAAAACCCUCCUUGAAAAGACCUUCGCCGUUUAAACAACAACAUCCAAAUAGUGAGGAGCCUCCCUUAAAACAAAUUAAUGGUUAUUUACAAGAUCGUUUUGAUACAUUUCGUUCAUACCGCAAUAGUGUGCUAAUAAAAUGGGAUGACCGCACUAAAUUACUACAACCAGGAGCUGGAGCCAAAAAGCGUACUCUGGAAGAAUAUGAUAUUAUUGAAAAAAUUGACAAUACGCUUAUGAAUAAGGCAACGCUAAUACAAAAGUCCCAGCAAAUGAAAAACAGCCAAAGGCCUAAAACUGAGGAAGACACAGAAAACAAACUACAAACGGGUGAAGACGAUUUAAAUGUCAAUGUAUAUGAUGAUAGUGAUUUCUAUCACCAACAAUUGAGAGAGCUGAUAGAAUAUAAGGCGAAUACCUCAAAUAAUAUGAGUGAAGUUACGAAACAAUAUUUGGAAUUGCAAAAGCUGAGGCAGAAAAUGAAAAAGAAAGUGGAUACCAGGGCUAGUAAAGGUCGAAAGUUACGUUAUGUGGUACACAAUAAACUUAUCAACUUUAUGGCUCCCCAUGAUAAUUCUUCCUGGACCAAUGAUUCAAAAGAUGAAUUAUGUAAAUCCCUAUUUGUGUAAAUAGAAAAUAAAUAAAACAAAAAGCCCCCGUGAAAAACACAUCCAAAGUCCAAAUAAAGUGCAUUUUUAUUAAUAUUUUUAAUAAUAAUAA